AUGGAGAAGGAACUACGGCUGCUGAGUCUCGAAGAUUUUUCUGGGUUGGAGGCCCCAAGCAAUCCAUUCGAGCAGCUGUUAAUGGUGGCUAUGGUUGCAUCCUCUAUUCAUGAGAAUAACAAGAACAAGAACAAGAAGUGCAAAAGCAAGAACAAGAACAAGAAAUCUAUGGAGAAACAGAGAGCACUGAUCCAUCUGCAGAAAAGGAAGCGACUUGCCAGAGGAAAACGGCUCAAGAAACCAUCUGUUCCUUCACCUUCCCUCUUCCUGCAGCAGCUUGUACCACCUUCCUUCUGCCUCAACCUUAAUCCAAACAUUGUUUCGUCAUCAUCAUCAUCCUCCCAUCUACACACCAUCUGCUCUUCCUCUGAAUCUGAAAAAGAGAAUAAAGAGGUCAUGGUGAUGAAUGCAAUUGCACCAACUGAUCAUCAUCUAAUGACAAAAAAACAGAAGAAGAAUCAUCAUCAUGGUGAAUGCAGCAACUCAUCAAACUCCCUCCAUCAGCCCAGUUCCAGUACCAGUGCCAGUAAUUUUGUUGUGCAUGAAAUGGCCGACCAUUUGAGACACCGGAUUACACAAAUUGGCGGUACGGAGAGUAUUCUUGUCAUCCAAAAAAGACUCUCGGACACCGACGUCAGCAAGUCUCACAACCGGCUCUCCAUCCCGGUCCGGCAAGUGAAGGCGGAAUUUCUCACGGCCCAAGAGAAGGAUUCCCUCUGCCGACGCACCGGAAAGAAAGUAAGUGGCAUAGAGGUACCUAUGAUGGUUGAGCCAGACCAAGAAUUCAUGACUGUUAAGUUGAAAAGGUGGGAUAUGAAGAAGGACAAAGGCAAAAUGAGCUCAUCUUACGUGCUCGUUUCGGAAUGGAAUAAGAUCGUUGGGAAGAAUGGGCUGAAGAAGGAUGAUGACAUUCAGCUUUGGUCAUUCCGGCGCAACACGCAGCUUUGUUUUGCUCUAGUACAGUUCUGA